UUUUUAAUAGGGAAAAAAUGUGUUGAGAUGGAAAAGACAUCAAGUAUAUGUCCGUGGAGGCAUUUUUAAAGGCAUCUUCUUAGAAGGACACCGUAAUGGCGGACUGCUCUGCCUGGGAGUUUUCCUAAGGAAUCCUUGUCCUCGGGUAUCGGAUGGUCACCGCCUCCUUGGAGCCUCACACUUGCCGGGAUUCGGUGCCAGGAUUAAGAGAGGGCUGCUCUCUCUCGCAAUGGGCUGCCGAGACAACUGCUGGGUUUCUUCUUAACCUUGGGCUCUGUCUAUGACCCAUCUGAGAGGCUCCCCUCCUGGGUCCUUUGCUCCCUGGAAAGCCCUAUCUCUCUGCGGGCUCGCCUCACGGCUCUGUUUGCUUGGAGUUGUAUCACACGGACACCCGCGGAUGUGGAAGUGAACAAUGUCGAGGCCCAAGGGACUGUUAUGGCUUCCGUUGUUCUUUACCCCGGUCUGCGUCAUGCUGAACUCCAAUGUUCUCCUGUGGAUAACCGCUCUUGCCAUUAAGUUCACGCUCAGUGACAGCCAAGCACAGUAUCCAGUGGUCAACACAAAUUAUGGCAAAAUCCGGGGCUUAAGAACACCAUUGCCCAAUGAGAUUUUGGGUCCAGUGGAGCAGUACUUGGGGGUCCCGUAUGCCUCUCCUCCCACUGGGGAGAGGCGAUUUCAGCCCCCAGAGCCCCCAUCCUCAUGGACUGGAGUUCGAAAUGCCACCCAGUUCGCUGCUGUGUGCCCACAACACCUGGACGAGAGGUCUUUAUUACAUGAUAUGCUGCCCAUCUGGUUUACUGCUAAUUUGGAUACUUUAAUGACCUACGUUCAAGAUCAAAACGAAGACUGCCUUUACUUAAACAUCUACGUGCCCACGGAGGAUGGAGCCAACACAAAGAAAAACGCAGAUGAUAUAACCAGUAAUGAUCGUCCUGAAGACGAAGACAUCCAUGAUCAGAACAGUAAGAAGCCGGUCAUGGUCUAUAUCCACGGCGGGUCUUACAUGGAGGGCACUGGGAAUAUGAUAGACGGCAGUGUGCUGGCCAGCUACGGCAAUGUCAUUGUGAUCACCAUUAACUACCGGCUGGGAAUUCUAGGGUUUUUAAGUACCGGUGACCAGGCGGCCAAAGGCAACUAUGGGCUCCUGGACCAGAUCCAGGCACUUCGGUGGAUUGAGGAGAAUGUCGGGGCCUUCGGCGGGGAUCCCAAGCGAGUGACCAUCUUCGGCUCAGGCGCGGGGGCGUCUUGCGUCAGUCUGUUGACCUUGUCGCACUAUUCAGAAGGUCUGUUCCAGAAGGCGAUCAUCCAGAGCGGGACCGCACUGUCCAGCUGGGCAGUGAACUACCAGCCAGCCAAGUACACGCGGAUAUUGGCAGAUAAAGUCGGCUGCAACAUGCUGGACACCACGGACAUGGUGGAAUGCCUUCGGAAUAAGAACUACAAGGAGCUCAUUCAGCAGACCAUCACCCCGGCCACGUACCACAUUUCCUUUGGCCCCGUCAUCGACGGGGACGUCAUCCCAGACGACCCUCAGAUCCUGAUGGAGCAGGGGGAGUUCCUCAAUUACGACAUCAUGCUUGGUGUCAACCAGGGGGAAGGCUUGAAGUUUGUCGACGGCAUCGUGGACAACGAAGAUGGUGUGACGCCCAACGACUUUGACUUCUCCGUGUCCAACUUUGUGGACAACCUUUACGGCUACCCAGAGGGGAAAGACACAUUGCGGGAGACCAUCAAGUUCAUGUACACGGACUGGGCAGACAAGGAAAACCCCGAGACGCGGCGAAAGACCCUGGUGGCUCUCUUCACGGAUCACCAGUGGGUGGCCCCCGCAGUGGCCACGGCCGACCUGCAUGCUCAGUACGGCUCCCCGACUUACUUCUAUGCCUUCUACCACCACUGCCAGAGUGAAAUGAAGCCCAGCUGGGCGGACUCAGCCCAUGGUGACGAAGUCCCCUACGUCUUUGGGAUCCCCAUGAUUGGCCCUACUGAGCUCUUCAGUUGUAACUUCUCCAAGAACGACGUCAUGCUCAGCGCAGUGGUCAUGACCUACUGGACCAAUUUUGCCAAAACCGGUGACCCAAAUCAGCCUGUUCCUCAGGACACCAAGUUCAUUCAUACAAAACCCAAUCGCUUUGAGGAAGUGGCCUGGUCCAAGUAUAACCCCAAAGACCAGCUCUAUCUACAUAUUGGCCUGAAGCCCAGAGUGAGGGAUCACUACCGAGCUACCAAGGUGGCUUUCUGGCUGGAACUGGUUCCCCACCUGCACAACCUGAAUGAGAUAUUCCAGUACGUGUCAACAACCACGAAGGUCCCUCCUCCCGACAUGACCUCCUUCCCCUAUGGAACCCGGCGGUCUCCCGCCAAGAUAUGGCCCACGACCAAACGCCCAGCCAUCACUCCCGCUAACAACCCCAAACACUCCAAGGACCCUCAUAAGACAGGGCCCGAGGACACAACCGUCCUCAUCGAAACCAAACGGGAUUAUUCCACUGAACUGAGCGUCACCAUCGCCGUGGGGGCCUCCCUGCUCUUCCUCAACAUUCUGGCAUUUGCGGCUCUGUACUACAAGAAGGACAAGAGACGCCACGAGACACACAGGCGCCCCAGUCCCCAGAGGAAUACCACAAACGACAUCGCUCACAUCCAGAACGAAGAGAUCAUGUCCCUGCAGAUGAAGCAGCUGGAACAUGACCACGAGUGUGAGUCCCUGCAGGCUCACGACACGCUGAGGCUCACCUGUCCUCCAGACUACACCCUGACGCUGCGCAGGUCUCCAGAUGACAUCCCACUCAUGACACCAAAUACCAUCACCAUGAUCCCAAACACACUGACGGGCAUGCAGCCUUUGCACACAUUCAACACCUUCAGCGGAGGACAAAACAGUACCAAUCUCCCCCACGGACACUCGACCACUAGAGUAUAGCUUUGCUGUUCCUUUCCGCUACAUCUGCUCCUUCCCACUGGAGAGAGGGAGAAAGAGAGAAGCAACGUGUGCCCACGAGGAGUGUGGGUCAUCCCACUGACAUAAGACAAAAAGAACAGGGCCACCAUCGUGUCCCUGUAGACCCAUCCCAUUGGCAUUUCCCAGUACGACAAGAUCUACUUCUGACCCUAUGAAAUGUGAAAAAGUAUACAUUGCUGUUACAAUACUGCUUUAACAUCUCCACCUCUCCAGAGAACGUUUAGUUCGGCUAGGACAUCACCGUCUUCAGGACCUGGAUGCUUCCCGUGUUAACAACAGAAGCUGACACUUUGGGGACUCAGCCAGGGACACUUAAGAAAAAAAAUUUUUUUAAUUAACAGUUGAAAAAUACAAUAUGUGCCAUACGACGGAUGGCUCUACUUAAGGGAAGGACGAGUCUGUGGGAUUUUACCCAGUGCAUGGAGCUAUCAUCCAGACAGAAGGAGAAGUAGAAUUUUAUUAUUACAAGAGCCGACUAUGCAGUAACAUAUGUAUAGUUCUGUGCAAAGAGGUGUUUCGCCAGCCUGAACUAUAUUUAAGAAACUUUGUAAAAAAAAAAAAAAGAAAAAACAAAUGUAUAUAGCUGUGAGUUUCAACAAAAAGACACACAGAGAAAGGAAAAAAAAAAACAACCAACAAAAAAAGCUUUUAUUGGUGUUUUCAGUUUGAAAGACCUUUUAGCAAGAUUGUGCUUCCCAUUGUGGUCUGUAUGUAUAUAAAUAUAUAUAUAUAUACAUUAGUCAUUCACCUCUGUUUCCUCCAGGACACAGGAGGAUGUUCUUAAUUCCUCGUGGUAAGCAAACACAUGGGGUUUUCUAACGCAUUUCAUUUGUAGGACGAUGUGGUGUCACACAGCGGACCCAGACUGUCUGUGUGGUGGGGCUCUUCACCCCCCCUUCGGGGAUGCAUGCGACAGCAUUGUUAGGAGACCGACCGUUGUGUUAGCAAACUUUUAUUUUUGUGUGUGUUAGCCUCCAUGGAGUUGCACCACCUAGAUGGAUCCCCCAUCCCCAGCGUGGAGUUUAUGUAAAGCUUGCUGAAUUAGAAACACACACACACAGAGACACUGCAGGAACAAAAAACAAAAUACAAGUCUUGGUCUGUGGUUGUGGUUCUUUGAAUAUGUUUAGGGAGACCUGCUGCCCACCCCCAGGGGUCCUGCCAAAAAGGAAAGAAAGCUUGCCUUUAGUGGGGGUGGGGCCAUGCCCCGCCGGGUAAAUACGGCUCAGUGUUCCCCAGCAGCUGCAGAAAGGGCUGUGGGUGCCGGGCUACCUGCUCGGCUUAGCUAAUCAGAUUGAAGGAGGGCAUGUGUGUUUCCUGUUUUUUCUUUAAGCAGUAAGUCCCUUAUUUAUCAGGAAGCAAGAUUUUUUUUUUAUUCUUUACAUCGUUUAUGGGAUAACACAUAUGCUUGUCUAAAGUACUGUGAGACUUGUGUAUCAGUCACUGGUCAAUGAAUCGUACGGGGAGAGAACAAACCCACGUGAAAGGACAGAACGUGAAAAGCCCUCUGCAUGGGUUUUUCUGCAAAGUUAGGGUCGCCUUCGCUGUCAAGAUAAGUUACGGAAAUUAUUCGCCCCACUUAAAAUUGGCAAGCUGGGGACUGGACAUUUGCCCCCAACACCUCCUCACAUUCCCAUUGUCCUUUUAAUUUUAUCUGAAGGAAUAUUUUGAGUUUCCUACGGUGGAAGGGAAAAGAACAAUGGUUACUUUAUAGUUUGUCUUUCAAGAGUUAUUGCAACAUCAGGAAGUAGCAGCCAAAGAUGUUUGAAAAUCCUGUCUCUGGGCUUGACUAUGGUUAUUUCAGAAAGCGAGGCUUACAAGUCAUUGCUACGUUGGGGAUGCUCCACAAGAUAAGUCCAGCGUCCUUGCCCCUUGGCACAACGCUCGAGUACUGAACCC